UGGUGGGCCCCGGAGACAUCCCGUAGCACAGGGUCUCCGGGCCAGCAGGCCUCCGCCUUUCCACAAGCACCGUCAGAGAGAUCUGGCCCAGCCCCCAGACAUGGCCCAGGCUGGGCCAGCGUGGGGCGCAUCCCCUCACGCCUGCAGGGGAGGAGGGCACCACGAAAGAAUAGACAGGUCUGGGCUCCUUCCUUCCUGUGAAGAUGAAGCCGAUGAUUGGGAGACCGACCCGGACUGUAUAAAUGACGCCACCGAGAGAGGCUUUUGGUCAGAGGAAGGCCAUGGAGCCGGCUCUGAGUUCUCCAUUGCUUCCAUCAUCUCUGAUCUGUCAAACUCCAUCCGUGGCUGUGAGCUGACCCAGCCUGGCACGGGGAAGCCAGGCGCACCCCCUGCCCUAUCCUACGAGAACAGGGGGCACCGGCGCCCGCCCACUGCUGAGGACAGCCACCUCCGGAGCUCUCGGGAGACCACCCAACGGAGCACAGGGCCAGGCACCGGGGCUCCCCUGCUGUGGCCAUACCCCAGCGUCUACCUGCACUCCUCCGCGGGCACGGGCAUCGAGAGGACCUCUGUGUUUGAGUGCAACGCUGCCGAGAAGCUCGACACUUUCUUCUACGAGAAGCUCAAAACUUGCGAAGAGGCCCCCGUGCCGCCCUGCCCUGCCAGGGGUGACUCCAGUACCUACGAGAACGAGGAGCUCCUGGGUGAGGAGCCAGGGCCGGAGGCUGCCAGCAGGAGCCGGGCCCACAGCGGCACCGGCAGAGAGGGGCAGAUGGUGCAUCAGAGAGGAGCCCAGCAGGACCAGGGUGGGAGGCACAGACAGAGUCACACCAGACAGAGGAACAGGAGGAGGGACAGCGGAGGAGGCCUCCAGCGGCUGCCCAGUUCUGGAGCCGCCCCCGACCCCGCCGCCUGCGAUUGGAGCCAUGGGCCGUUCCAGCCAGGGGACGGGACGGCAGCAGGGCCGGGGUGGGAAGAGCCGCCCCACGGGAGGGGGUGCAGCAGACCUUGCCUGGAGGCAGGCGGGCCGCCCCGAAUACUCCCGCACUGCGUGAUUGCUCAUCUCCAGAGCUGUCUGGCCUGCCAGCGGUUUAACCAGAGCCUGCAGGCCUGGCCUGGGGAGGAGGCCGCCUCCGAGAACAGCUGGGCCCCACGGGAAGAGGAGAGCGCCCCCAGCAGGAGGGCGAGGUCAGCAGCACCCUCGCAGAGGCAGCUCCGGCAGAGGCUCUCCGAGGUCCAGAAAUGGCUGGCGCAAUCCACGGCCGAGGAGCCUUCGCUUUGUCCAGGGCCAGAGGCCCACAGGGCCCCAAGCCGGUUCUACGCCUGUGAUAGCUACAGGAACUUGGAUCAGAAAGAGGGUGGGACCUGGAGGAGGCUGGAGUGGGACAGGGACCCAGGGAGCCUCAAACAGCCUGCGGAGCCCAGAGCAGCCCGGGGCAGCAGGAGAGGGAAAUCGGAAGCAGGAAGCCCCCCGCACCGCCAGCCUGUGGCAAGGAGCCUUGGCCACGAGGAGCUGAACGCAGCGACCGUCCCGCAGGGCACGUGCUCCUGCCUCUUCUGUGAGCGCCAGAGAUGUGGCCUGGGCUGUGAACCAGGCUGGCGGAGGGGAGGCCACGUCAGCGAGUCUCGGCCUGGCGCCUGCUCUGCUGCAGAGGCUGCAGCUGCCAAGCUGCAGGCCGAGAGCAGUGUCCAGAGGAUAGUGGAGGCCUUCGAGAGACGAUCCCGCAGAGAGGCCAAGGCGGCAGCACAGGAGAAGCUGUUCCAGGCUGCCCGGCAGAGGGAGCUGGACAGAAGAGCCAGGGCAGUGGCGGCAAAGGAGCACAGAGGGGCCAGGCUGGCUCGGCAGCCUCAGAGCGGUUCCAGGCCACCCCGAUCCCAUUCCAGGGAGCGCCGGCGAGAGGCACCCCGGCCCGAGGCCGUGACUGAGGGGAGGCCCCAGGGCUCCCGGCGAAAGGGAGACACCAUGAAGAAGAAGACAAGCUUUGUGGAGAAACUCAAAGGCCAUCACUAGCCCCUCGUGAUCUGCCUGCAGCUCAGCCGGGGGGAGCUCGCAGCCCCAGGGCCGCUCAGGAGCGGGGACGGUAGCACCUACGUGCUGGGAGCCUGGUGUGCCACAGCACAGCCCACCUGUGCUCAUCCGAGCUGGGCUGCAGGGCACCAGAUAAAAAGCAGGGCCCAGCAUGACAGCCCAGGUACCCUCUGCCUGA